GGCACAAACAGCAGGAGUGGGUUUCAAGAGCUGAGGACAGGAAGUACUUAUGUGUUUUGUAAAAAAGGCAAAGAUGCUCAGUAACUACACACACAUCCUUAAUCCAACCACAGGACCAACAAUAGCUGAUCACACGUGAUUUCUGCUCAACAAAGACUGUUUUCGUAAAAUUUAAAAUGUUCAGCAAAUUGUGCACUGUAGUCAUUCUCUUCUCAGGAUUUUGUGCAACACUCUGUGAACUCAGUGUAAGCGCAUACAGGGGUGAAAGAGCCAACAUCGAAUGUGCUUACACGGCAGACAACAUCUUCAGCCUGAAAUAUUUCUUCAAAAUGACAGCAGGACACAACCUCAAUGAGAUCUACACAUUAAAUAGACGGAGGUUUCUGCAGAAAGGCAGAGUAUCUAUUACUGAUGAUCAUCAGAGAAAAACACUUCAAGUAUCUAUAGACUCUCUAAGUGAAAGUGAUUCAGGACUUUACGCUUGUGCAGUUGGUAAAGGUCACAGUGUGGAAACUUUUGUUGUGGUCAGACUUUCGGUAAUGAUGGCACCUCAAAAAAAAGUAAACUCAGUCAGAUCUUCAGUCCCAACUGAGAGAUCCUUCAUCAAGCACACAGAGACAUCUAAAUGUGACAUGGUGACAGAACCGUUCACACCAACACAUUCAGCUAUUACUAAAAUGUCCAACGAAACAGAUCAUUCAGAUUGGAGGUGGAUGGCUCUUUAUGUUGGACCGGCUGUUGUUAUUGUAGCAGUAUUAUUCGGUGUACUGAUACUGGUCUGUUGCUUUAGACUCAGGAGAAGAUCAUUGCAAAACACAAGACACAGGAAAAGUGUGUGUAAGCCGACUGGUAAUAGUAAAACCGAGAGAACUGAAAAUCAAUACAAUGAAUCACAUGUCAGAAGCAAGCGUCAUGACUCAAUAUACCAGGAGCUGAACAAGAAGCAGUCUGAUCCAAUUUAUGAAUGUUUAAACUAUAAAAAUAACCUUAAAAACUAACUGGGCUUUUAUGUUUCAUGUACUUCUUUUAAGCAUGCAAUUUUCCUAAACUUGUAAUAUAUUUAAAAUGUAAUUAUGUGACCCUGCCUGUGAAAACCUAGUCAUUUUAUUGUGUUGUUUUCAAAGGUGUAUAAUACUUAAGUAUUUUAGUUACAUUUUCCAAGCAUCUAUGCUUUAUCAGAGUGUUUGUCUUGGGAAAAAACGUAAGUUUUUUUUACUUAAGUACAAAAAAUUACUAGAUGUUUAAUGUACUUAAAUAUUAAAUAUAAACCAAAAACUUAAAA